AUGAUGUCGAUGAUGGGCUUCGGAGAUCUUUUCCUGCUCGCGUUCGCCGCAGGCUGCGGCCUUGUCCAUGCGCAGACGGCAUCGACGCCCCCGGGACCAACCUUCACCGGCUCGCCAUCCAACUGCAACAAGUGGUAUGUGAUUUCCAAUGGUGACAACUGCGGCACCGUCGAGACCAAGUUCGGCAUCACCCACGCGCAGUUUAUCGCCUGGAAUCCGGCUGUGUCCAACGACUGCAUCACCAACUUCUGGCUCGGCCAGGCAUACUGUGUCGGUCUGGGCACCGCUGCGCCCACAACGACGAAAUCAACUUCCGUCAGCGCUUCAUUGCCUGGAGCGACGACCCCGCCAGGGCCGACGUUCACCGGGUCUCCGUCCAACUGCAACAGAUGGUAUCUCAUCGCGGACGGCGAUAACUGCGGUACCGUCGAGACCAAGUUUGGUAUCACCCACGCGCAGUUCAUCGCAUGGAACCCAGCCGUAUCCGACGAUUGCGGGACAAACUUUUGGCUCGGCCAGGCGUACUGUGUCGGCUUGGGCCUCGCGGUGACCUCGACCUCCACCGGCAGCUCAAGUAGCAAAAUCAGCUCGUCCUCCAGACCCAUCGUCACCACGACCACGCCGUACUCAACUCGCCACCCAAUCACCAACCAGACCAUCGUCCAACCAUCCUCCAUCGAUGCCUGGCCGCCGACGAAGACACAGGCCGGCCAGCCAAGCUACUGCAAUAACUGGCACUUUGUCGAGGGUGGCCAGACGUGCAACAACAUCAUAGGCAUGUACAGAACGUGGAUGUCAACCGAUGACUUCUACGCCUGGAACCCAGCCAUCGGCCAGGACUGCUCCGGCCUCUUCGUCUACUACUGGGUGUGCGUGGGUAUCCGGCCGCAGACGCAGAUCUCGCUGCCGUACGAGACGGGUAACGCAACGGUCGAGUUGCCGCCGUAUUUCACCUUCACGCCUGAGCCCACACCGACGGAAAAGCCCAACUUCGCGGUGCCGACGCCGACUCACGGCCCGAUGCCCGAGAACUGCAAGGCUUACUACCAGGCGGGCGAUGGCGCCACCUGUGCUCGCGCCCUCGAGGAAUACCCCAUGGUAACUCAGGAGCAGUUCCUGGCUUGGAACCCCGUCCUCAACGGCAAUUGCAACGGUCUCUGGGCCGGAAGCUGGUACUGCGGUGUGGCCUUUGACUGGGACUCGCUUCCCAUGCCCCCAACCGUCACGACCAAGCCAUCGCCCGUGGCGACGGCUAUCACGGCCAACUGCGCCGCCUGGUACCGGGCCACAGGCAUCGACACGUGUGCUGUGGUUGCCGAGAUGUUUGGCACAUUCUCCGAGGCCAACUUCAUCAGCUGGAACCCGUCCGUAGGAAGCGACUGCUCCGGCAUCGUGAUGGACACAUACUACUGUGUCGGUAUACCAGGCACCCCAACAACGCGGACCAAGCCCGUCACGGAGCCAACGCCGCCCCCGGCCAAUGAGCGUCCGACUCAAGAGGGCAUUGUCUCCGAUUGUGGUAGCUUCUGGCUCGUCUCCAGUACUGACACGUGCGACACCAUUGUCUCUCAGAGCGCCAUCACGCUGGAUGACUUCAAGACAUGGAACCCAGCUGUUGGGGAUGCCUGUGACGGUCUCGAGCCCGACUUUUACGUCUGCGUCGGGCGGGGGACUGCUGCCGGUACAAGUCCGUCAUCCUCGGCUACCGUGACCAUCACCAAGAGCGGUCCGUCAUCAACGGUUGCAGUGCCCAGCACUACAACAAGCAGUGGAUCUGGUGCGACGCCCACGCCUAUCCAAGACGGCAUGGUGGCUGGGUGUAAGGAGUUCUACUACGUCGUCGCCGGUGACGGGUGCUGGGCCAUUGCCAACGACCAUGGCAUUGCUCUCAGUGACUUUUACCUCUGGAAUCCUGCCGUGAAUAACGGCGGUGACUGCUUUGGACUCUGGUCGAACGUUUACGUGUGCGUCGGGGUGUAG